UAUAUGAAUGAAGCACUAUUUCCCACUGCGUGCAUUUGGAAAUGAGGUUGCAACAUUCCGCGGAAUGACAGGGGCUUUAUAGCUAAUAAUACAGGGCACUGUACAUGUAGGUGAUAUUCAAAAUGCACUAGAUGUUCAUCAUCAGAUCGCAGGACUGCCAACACAUCAACAGAGAUGUGAAUAUUGUCUCCAUUAAAAUAAUUAGGCCUACAACACAAGAAGGAGUCACCACUUUGCGAUCACAAAAUGGCUUCCGCCUGGCAAACUGAUGGAGAGUGCCACUUUACCUGGAACCUCGAAGAAAACCCCGUAGUCAUUAAAACUGCCGAUAAAAUGUUACGUAAUAUAACGAACAACUUAGCGGAAACCGACUUCCUCAAGAUUGAGCAUCUUCUGUUCAAAGCAUGUCUUCAGGUAUGGUUUAAAAAAGCCACAGACGCACUUGUGUCCCUCGACGAAGCAAAGCAAGAAAUUGAAAAACGAAGAGGCGAAGAUGAAUACAAAGGUUACAGGAGCGUUGAACUCCUAAAUCGCAUGUGGAUUGAACACACCAUUUUACCCAGCAACAGGAUUUUGUUUGAGUUACAUGAAAAACUAAAAACCAUACAGUUAGAGGAGAAAGAUUUGCUAGUCGUUGGUGCAAUUAGAUCAGCGGCCCUCAUGCGACUUGGGCCUGUUAUGUUUGACACUAAUCUGAAACUCUUCAAGGCAGCCCACCAAGCGUUCCCUUCAAAUCCAGACUUUCUCUUUGGAGUUGCAUUCAUCACAGGCAAGAAAAUGAGAUUCAUGAGACGAAUAGGCUCGAGAUACUACUGCAGAAUGGACCCAGUUGGAAAAUCCCUGAUGGAUGAAGAGAGGGGAUACUGGGAAACUCUAAAAGACAUGAACCUACCUGAUAACCGUUCCUGUCUUGUGAAGUCAAUGCUUGGAUUGAACUUGAGUAGGCGUGAUAGGAAAAAGGAGAAACGUGAAGCCUUGGAAUUGUUAGAAACGGCAUACAAAAAUGCGCCAGAAAUAAUUGAAGUGUGCAGAAAUUGUAUCCGUUUCAAAAAGAAAGAAGAUCUGAAAGGGGCUGUAUCUAUGCUGGAGAUAGCCAUCUCCGAACAACCAGGACGGGCCGAAAAUCAUCACCAGCUUGGCCUGUGUUACGAUUUGUACGCACAAAGAGCCAAAAAGAAAGGGGAAAAUGCUCUUGAGUGGAAUAACAAGGCACUUGCCGAACUUGAUGAAUGUCUUAGAUUGAAAAGUUUACAUGUCUAUGCCGCAUUGACUAGGGCAAAACUGUUGGAAGACAUCCCGAACAGGAACCCAGAAGAUGAAUACACGAAUAUGUCUUGUAUGGAUUUUACUACAGACGACAAGCUUAAGAUUUACGAAGAAUUUGCUUCUUUUCUUAACAAGAACGAGACGGCGUCUAGAUACAACGCCAGAUUUGACAUGUGGCAGGAAGUUAUGAACAUUUCCACUGAACACUUUGGACAUCAAAAUGAAUCAGGUAAAUGGGAAGCGACUCUAAAAGCGAACGAUUCUAAAACUAAAGCGUACAAGGUAUUGGAAGAGCACUACAAAGGUCAAGCAGAUCAUCUGAAGCUUGGAAUUCUAUUCUACCAGAACUAUGAGUUCGAUCAAGCCAUCGACAUGUUGGCCACAGUGGACCAAACAAACGCCGAAGUGCCGUACUACCUUGCAAAGUCGUAUCUCAAAAAAGGUCAAGAGAAAACUGUUGGCGAUCAAGCAAAUCCCGUAGAAGCAGCUGAGGAUUUCACAAGGGCUCGUGAGAAAGUACAGUUGGCACGAAAGUCAGGAUUGGAACCACAACAGGUUCGAGAAGUACUAGCGGACACAGCUCUGGCAAUCGCACACAAUGAACUUCAGGCCAACGCAAAUGACGUCAUUCAACUGGAAGACAAGUGUGUGACGUCAUAUCGCAAGGCAGUCAGAUGUGGAAGCCUGGUCGCCGUUUUGGAGCUGAUGAAGCUGGUUGAGAAGGGCCUCAUCAAAAUCACCUCGAUCUCAAGAUUCAUCCAGAUGUUGGCAGAAAUAGAGGUGUGUUGUUCACAGUCCCAAUCUGACGCCCUACAUGGUGAAUCUAAGCCACUGACGUUCGAAGGAGGCUUGAGAUCCAAGGAAACUGAUAUCGAACCUUGCAUGCUGAUGAAUCGCACCAAGAUCAAAGCAGAUAUCAAGGGAAUCCUGUCAAAGGAAAAGUUUUUCCAAAAGGCAAGAAAGGGACUUUUCGAAAUGGAGGUUGAACUACUCAAGGAAAGGUUUGGAGGUACCGAUGGACAUGGAUUAGAUGGGAGAGAAGAGGCGAGUCCGUUAGAGGGCGUAACUGAUGACGUAAUCGACAAGGCUGUUGGCAGCUGUUGUGAUACGAGACCUCUGCUUGAUCGUGUCAUGGAAAAAUUUCUGAAAGAUGAACUGGAACUAGCUACGGUGAAGAACAACUAUUUCCCUCUGAUACUUGAUGAGAAUUUGACCCCUGAAAAGACAGAGGAAAGUCUUCUAGAAAAACUCAAGAUCUGUGAGGUUGACAUGAGGACACACUACCCAAAGCUCUAUGACUAUCUACUGAAGCUGCAGCCAAAAAUCAGUCCAGGAAAUACAUUCAUGAAGAACUUCUGUACCGUCGUGAACAAGACAAAACACAGCAGUGGGGACGUUCUGGAUAUCGAACCGUAUGUAGUCGAACUGGCUCGACAGUCUACCGACAAAGUCGAAGAGAUAUGCCAAGUAUUCUUCGACACCAUGGAAGAGGCGAAGGUGUUGGGGACGAGGGUGAAAGAUUUGGUAUCAGCCAUAAUACAAGGCGGUGGUAAAGAGGUUGAGAAGGCAGAUGAACUUUUCGGAAUACUGAUGAAGAACGAAGUCUUCGUUAUCAGACUGGAUAAUACCUGGAAGUAUCUUGGGAUGCUCGCAUUGAUAAAUCACAGUAGAAAGGAAGCUGGUACCGAUGUCGACCUAACUAGUUGGGCUGAGUUGUCCGAACGGAACAGUGGGUUUAGUCAAGAUCUCCGUAAGGGUUAUCUAGAGGUCGAAGCUGCACUCUUGACCAAUAAUGGUGAUCAAAGCUCGACGGAGGUUCUUAAUGAGUGUCACAAGACGUGCUUAGAGGCUGACAAACUCUUGAACAAGUCACUGCAGAGUAAGGAAAACCUGUACCCAACGUUUCCAUUUCUAGACAAAUGCCCAGUCGAGAACAAACAAUCCUGGGAAGGAAACGUGAAAAAGCAGCUCAAAUCAAAAGAACUCCCGUCUCAGAAAAUCACCAACGACAAAAAAUUGCUUGAAAUCAUUUUAAAGGCACAGCCGUGUUCCAAUGAGGAUAACUACCGUUUCAUAGCAAUGCGAAAGUUCCUCGAUGAUCGGUCGAGAAAAAUCUUCAAAGACACGGUAUCCAUCGUGAAAGGAACAAACGCCACGGAGUCUUAUGGCGUCUUGGAUCUCACUCGGUGGUGUGUGAACCAUGCUGAGAAGUUGGCCUCCGAAGUCAUGGCUUGUAUGAAUCAACUUUAAGGGUUCCUCAUCAGAUUUACAUUACACUUAACUUGAAGACCAUAUGAUGAUAAAAAGCUUCCCUUAUUAGUUGGUGAGGCGCUGUAGUUUUUGAGAAAUGAGUAAAACAAUGUCACAAAAUGGGUUUUAUAACAUGUACAACGUAUUUUCUAGUACUGGUAUUUCAAUCGACUCUCCUGAAACAUCAUUUGAUUUUCACCCUAUUUCUCGAAAACCUGAUGACUAAUGUUAAAGUUACCUGGAAAUAGAUUUUUUUCUUUCAAACAUAAGAGUAUAUGCUU